UCUGAUUCACAGCAUUAAUAGUGGGGAAACAUCCAGCUGCACUAUGGCACCAUACAGAACUUUCUGUGCCCUGCUCCUCACCCUCAGCCUGGCAGCCCCAUGCUUAGCAAGCAACAAACUUCUGCUCUUUCUGAUUGAUGGCUUUAGAUUUGAUUAUAUUAAUGACAAAGAACUUGAAGUCCUUCCUGGCUUUAAGAAGCUUGUACAGAAUGGAGUCAAGGUGGAUUAUAUGACCCCAGACUUCCCCAGCCUUUCCUAUCCCAACUACUACACUCUCAUGACAGGGCGGCACUGUGAAGUACAUCAAAUGACUGGAAACUAUAUGUGGGAUCAGAAGACAAAUAAGUCAUUUGAUAUUGGUACUAAUAAAGACAGUCUUUUGCCAAUGUGGUGGAAUGGAUCAGAGCCACUCUGGGUCACAAUGGAAAAAGCAAAAAGAAAAAUUUCUAUGUACUAUUGGCCAGGCUGUGAAGUUGAAAUUCUUGGUGUUAGACCCAAUUAUUGCCGAGAAUAUUACAAUUUCCCAUCAGAUGCUAAUUUUACAAGGGCAGUCAAUGACGCUGUUCAAUCUCUGAGGAAUGGCAGUGCUGAAAUGGCUGCUGUCUAUUAUGAACGUAUUGAUGUUGAAGGUCAUCACUUUGGACCCUGGUCUGAGGAAAGAAAAAAUGCCACUAGAGUAGUAGAUCAAAUGUUACAAAGCCUGGAUCAACAGAUUAGGGAAAGUGGACUAAACGAUAAAGUAAAUGUUAUUAUGUUCUCUGACCAUGGGAUGACAGAUAUAUUCUGGAUGGAGAAAGUGAUAGAACUUAGAAAUUAUAUUGACUUAAAUGACAUUUUACAAAUAAAAGACAGAGGUCCUGUGGUGAGUCUGUGGCCUGCAGAGGGUAAGCACAACAAGGUAUACAACCAGUUAAAAACUGUACAGAAUAUGGCUGUCUAUGAAAAGGACCAAAUUCCAGAACGAUUCUAUUAUAAAAAGGGAAAAUUUGUGCCUCCGUUAACUCUGGUAGCCGAACAGGGAUGGUUUAUAGCUGAGAGUAAAGAGAAACUCCCCUUUUGGAAUAAUGGCACAGUGCCUAAUCAAGGCUGGCAGCAUGGGUGGCAUGGCUAUGAUAACGAGCUGAUGGACAUGAAUGGAUUCUUUUUGGCAUCUGGCCCAGAUUUUAAGGAGAACUUCAAAUCUGCACCAAUUAGAUCAGUCGACGUUUACAAUAUAAUGUGUGAAGUUCUCAGCAUGGAGCCACUGCCUAACAAUGGAUCAUGGUCCAGGGUAGAGGGCAUGUUAAGAAGUGGAGCACAUCCUGGUGUCCUGAAGUCUUUUACAUUGAUACCCCUUCUGAUUACAUUUGUAGCACAAUGGAUUUAGACAUUCUUUUCUAGAAUUAAUAAGAAUAGACUAACAUUUUUUUUUCAUAUAAAAUAUUUAAUUUUCCACAUCUUUUUACACAAAAUUACUUUCUGUACCUGUUUGUUCUG